UCAUUUGGAGUCCACACAGGCCUUGUUUUUUUUCUAAGGCUUCCUUCCUCACUUAUGCAUUUCAACACAUUCGAUCCUCCAACAAGAGAAAAACCGAAACUCCCCCAUUUUCUAUUCCUCUUUUACACUCUUCUCUUCUCGUGACUUGAGCUUAAUUGGCAUGGCAAGGAUGAAGAGGUUCAACUAGUCAAGAUUUUUUUCAAGAGCUAACAUUGUUUGAGCUUGGGUUGUUUCAAAUCAAGUCCUUCAUCAUUUUUGAGCUUCGGGCAAUGUUAGAAUUUUCAAUCUACCGAUCAAUUUGAGCUCUGGCUGAGCUCUCUUGCACAAGAUUUGGCCAACUGGAACGCCGCUAGCUAGGCUAGUACCACAAGGGCCAAGAUUUGUCGAAAUGAGAGAGAUAUAUAUAGAGGAGCCAAGCUCAAGCGAACCUAAUGAGGGGGGAAGAACAUUAGAUGAAUACCGUGCCCUGGGUGGUCCCCUCCUUCAUGCUGCCAUAAAAGGGGAUUGGCCGGCUGCUAAGGCUUUUCUUGAGAAAUACCCAGACUGGGUACGAGCUCCCAUAACGAAACAGAAAGGGACGGCACUUAACAAUGCAGUGAUGGCACAACACACAGCUUUUACAAAAGAAUUGUUGAAAUGGAUGACUCCGAAGGACUUGGAAUUGAAAAACAUAAAAGGAGCUACGGCCCUUCACUAUGCUGCUCAAUCAGGAAUCGUGAGAAUUGCUGAGCAGCUGGUGGAAAUGAACAAUAAACCGCUAUUGAUCCAUGAUUGCGAGGAAAACAUACCACUCCACGUUGCAACUUGUCAAGGACAUACAGACAUGGUCUCGUAUCUUUUCUCUGUGACUCCUUUUCAACAUUUGGCAGCUAAUGAUCGCACUCGGCUCCUUCUUGACACUAUUUACAAUGAUAUGUAUGAUAUAGCAUUGAAAAUUCUUGAAAUGGAUCUAGACAUAUCAACUGUUGACCCUGCAUGUGGGUGGAAAGCAUUGGAAAUGUUCACCAGGAAACCUUUUGCAAUUUGCAGAGAAAGUCCGCUAUCAUUCUGGAAAAGUCGCUUAAAUUCCUGGUUCAAAGGGAUCUCUAACAAAGCUUUGAUGAAUACAUUAGCCCAUCAAUUAGUAGAACGCCUUUGGAAAAUGGUUGGUAUUCCUCACAACCAGUUCUCAUCAAACAUGGUUCAGACUUUAAUUUUAGAAGCUGCAAAAGUUGGAAAUGUUGAAUUUCUAAUUAUACUUAUACGCUCUUAUCCUGACCUUAUUUGGCAACGAAACGAAAAUAAUAUGAGUUUAUUUCACAUUGCUAUUGUAUAUAGACAAGAGAGUGUGUUCAAUCUAAUAUAUGAGCUAGGUACUAACAAGAAUCACCUUGCAUCCUGUAAAACUUCCGAAACCAAUGAGAACAUGCUGCAUUUAGCUGGACAAUUGGCUCCUUUAGAUCGACUAAAUAUCGUAUCUGGAGCAGCACUUCAAAUGCAACGGGAGUUAUUAUGGUUUAAGGAGAUAGAAAAGAUUGUGCCGCUAUCGUAUGUGAACAUGAAGAAUUUUGAGGGCGAAACACCCAAGGAGAUAUUUAUAAAGAGACAUACAUAUUUACAGAAAGAUGGUGAAAAGUGGAUGAAGGACACAGCAAAUUAUUGCAUGCUCGUGGCAACAUUGAUUGCUACUGUGAUUUUUGCUGCAGCUUUCACUGUACCAGGUGGCAGCAAUCAAGAAACAGGCACUCCUAUUUUUUUAAGAAGUAACUGGUUUAUGGUAUUCUUCAUAUCAGAUACAAUAGCACUAUGUUCCUCUUCGACUUCAAUAGCAAUUUUCUUGUCAAUUCUCACGUCACGUUACACAGAAGAGGAUUUCUACCGGUCAUUACCUUCAAAGUUGGUGUUUGGACUUGCCACACUCUUCAUCUCCAUGGCAGGCAUGAUGGUAGCAUUCAGUGCAACUUGUUUUUUGGUGUAUAGAAACGUAAGGGCAUGGGUUCCGGUUGUUGUAAUCACUUCGGUUGCUGUCCCAGUUACUUCGUUUGUGGUACUACAUCAUAAACUUUGGGUUGAUACAUUCCUCUCAACAUACAAGUCUAGAUUUCUUUUUCGGCCAAAUAAACGUAGAAUUUUCUAGCGAAAGAUGCCGUUCGGGGAAUUGAUCAACAAAAAACAUGAAAUACAAGUCAAUCGAAAAGGAAGGAAAAUUGUCGGAGGUUCAAUGGAUAUUGAACAGGUACGCCAAGGAAAGAAUUCAGCAAAUAAAGACUUUGGAUUGAUGUUCAUCUUACCUAUUUCCAUUAAGACUCAGUGGUUUAUAUAUACUAGACUAUAUUUUGCCUUCAA